AUGGUACGUGGACUAUACCAUGAAAUCAAUGCCUUCAUCGAAGGAAGAACGGAUGAUAAAUUGAUUACAACCUCAGGCUCGGAUGUAUAUAAAGAUGUCGAAAUAUUAUUGAAUGAUGUGGAAUGUGACUUCAGUCCUUGGAAAGGUGAUCGUGUUAGACUGUACAUCAUAAGAGAAGAUCCACCGAGAGUGUAUAAAAUUCAACCGUGGGAAGAUCUUCGCAUCGAAACGGGACAAAUUACGAUGUUGACUAAGAGUUUUGGUGUCGUCAACGAGGAAAUCGUUUUCUAUCCAGAACAAAGUGAUCUUGGAAUUGAUUGGGAAGCAAAAGUAGGUGAUGAAGUGAAAUUCGUUGCGAUCGAAGGUGAAUACGACAUUGGAAAAACAAAAUACGAAUGGCGCUGUGAAAACAUAAAAAAAUUCGUUGAAAAUGAAGAAAAUGAAAAAGACGUUAAGCUUUGGUUCGGUGAUGAGACGGAUGGUACAGAACAUGGUUCGGCUGUAAAUAACAUUGAUACCGAUACGGAAAUAUUACAAGAUGAACCGAACAUAAUGUGCAUCGCAUCAAAAAAAAAAUUGGACGAACUCGUGCCAAGAGCGCUCAGUUACAAAAAUUACAAGAAACGCUUUCACGCUCUCAUUUUUUUGGAGGAAAUCGAAAUGAAAGCAUCAUUCAAAAAAUACAAGUCCCGUGAGGUUUGGAUUGAACCGGAAAGAAAGAAGCGAUUCUCAAUUAUGUGCUCAAAAAUAAAGGAACUUCGGCCAUCAAUUUCAAUUGGUGAUAAAAUUGAAGUGCGCAAUUCAAAGAAGAGUAUGCGAUACUAUCGCGGCAUUGUUGAACGUGUACGUGAAGAUCGAUUCAUUUUAAAGUUCAAACAAGAUUUUGAAGAGGACUACAUACUUGGCGAUACAUAUGGUGCCCAAUUUUUCUACAGUCGAACGAUAUAUCAGAGAAAACACGCUGCUAUAGACUACGCAAAACGCAAACUGAGCGAAUCGUUUUUGUUUCCAACGGAAUUAACGUUAGCUAACAAUUUGCAGCUCAACGCUGAAUUGAAGGACGACAAGUUGAUGAUAGCCGACAAUGAAGUACCAUGGUUUAAGGAUAAUUUGAACACGGAACAGAAGUUUGCUGUUGCCAGCGCAUUGCGAGCGGAAUGUCGACCUUAUCCAUUCAUCGUAUACGGUCCACCGGGCACCGGAAAGACAUCAACCUUAAUUGAAAUAAUUCUACAGGUAUACACACAUUUAACAGACUGUAAGAUUUUGGUGGCAACACAAUCGAAUAAUGCGGCAAACCUUGUUGCAAGUCGUUUGAUAGCACAACAUCCAGAAACGGCUACCAAUAUGUUACGAUUGGUCAGCAACGCAGUUUUGGAUCGAAAAAUUUUACCAAAGGAUCUGUACAAAGUGAGUGCUUCCGUGAUGAAUGCAAAUAUCGAAGAAGACAAUACACACGACGACUAUGAUGAUAUACCAGCAGAUAUUCGUCGUAAUUGCAAUUUGGAAUAUUUGAAGAAAUUCAAGAUCAUCGUUGGUACUUGUGUUGGUCUUGGCGUCAUGUUUGGAAGUGAAUACAGUAACGGAUAUUUUUCACAUGUACUCAUCGACGAGGCGGCCCAAUGCAACGAGUGUGAGGCCUUAAUUCCUAUUUCGUUUGUGAACUUGGAGCACGGUCAAGUCAUAAUGGCAGGCGAUCCAUUGCAGUUACCCCCAAUCACAUUAAGCAACCAUGCAAAGCAUUACGAUUUGGUGAGAUCGAUGUUGGAACGAUACAUUAACACAUACAAGACGAUGGACGGUGUAGUACCGGGAGAGGAUAACAAUGGAUACGAUCACAGGCUAGUGACAAAACUUAGACGCAAUUAUCGUGCGCUGCCAAGCAUCAUGAAAUUCUAUAACAAGCAGUUUUAUGAUUCGCUAUUAAUUGCAACAUUGUGUGGCGAUUCAAGUCCUGAAGCGAUGAAAUUGCGUGAUUUAACGAGAAUCCUGCCCAAACGUACCGAUUCCGAAGACAAAAAUCCAUUCGGCUACUGCUUUAUCAACGUUGAAGGACGAAAUGAGCGCAUGGAGAACAAAAAAUCAUGGGAAAAUAAGGAAGAGGUGGCCAUUAUAAAAGCGUUUAUCCCAAAACUAUUGGAUCGACGCAUAGACCAAGAAGACAUUGGUGUCAUCACACCAUAUCAUGCACAAGUGAUGGCUUUACGGAAAGAAUUGAAACACAUGAAGAGAAUAACUGUCGGAACUGUUGAAGAAUUUCAAGGCGAAGAAAAAAAAGUCAUCAUUAUUUCAGCUGUUAAGACAUCGGGCAAAGAAAAAGCACUGCAAUUCAUUUAUUGUCCAAAACGUCUUAACACCGCUUUGUCACGUGCUCGCAUGUUGGUGGUCAUUUUCGGCAAAGUCAACUUACUCGAAGCUGAUCCGAAUUGGGCUGACUUGAUUUCAUACUGCAAAGAGCACGAAUCCUACAUCGAUGGUAAAGACAUCAUUCAAAUAUUAUGAAUAACUUACAAAAAACUUACACUCAUUA